AGUGAGCGAGAGAAGCAGGAGCAAAUUGAGGUCCAGAAGGAGAAGCAGAGAGAGCUGAUCCUGCAGCUCAAGACACAGCUGGAUGACCUGGAGACGUUUGCUUACCAGGAGGGCAGCUAUGAUUCUCUGCCACAGUCUGUGGUUAUGGAAAGACAACGGAUGAUUAUAAAUGAGUUGAUAAAGAAGCUGGACAUGGACUUGAGUGAAGAUAUUGCAACGCUCUCUCCAGAGGAACUGCGACAACGUGUGGAUGCUGCCAUAGCACAGAUUGUUAAUCCAGCCAGGGUGAAGGAGCAGCUGGUGGAACAACUGAAGACACAGAUAAGGGACCUCGAAAUGUUCAUCAACUUCAUUCAGGAUGAAGGUGGAAGCUCUGGUAAGGCAGAAGACGGACACUGUGAAUGUGCAGGCAGAAAAGACGGCGGUGGCUCCUACAAACCAAAUGCACGGCCUUCUGGAAACAGAGUGAACCCAGAAGAUGCCAGAAAGAUGCGAGAAACGGGCCUGCACCUCAUGCGUCGCAUGCUUGCUGUGCUACAAAUAUUCGCUGUCAGUCAGUUUGGUUGUGCUACUGGUCAGAUUCCUCGCACCCUCUGGCAGAAGGACCAAGCCAGCAAGGACUAUUCCCCCUUAAUUAAGAAACUGGAGUUGUCAGUAGAGCGGGUGAGGCAGCUAGCUAUGAAACACCAGCAGGUAGGCCACGUUAUCGCUUCCUCCGAUCUGCAGGACAUUCCCUUGGGAGGCAGAGACGAGCUGACUCUAGCUGUGCGGAAGGAGUUGACCAUUGCUUUGCGAGACCUGAUGGCUCACGGGCUCUAUGCCUCUUCUCAAGGAAUGAGCCUGGUAUUGGCACCCAUUGCGUGCCUGAUUCCUGCGUUCACCUCAUCCCCGCAGACCAUGCACCCCUGGGAACUCUUUGUGAAGUAUUACAACUCUAAGAAUGGACAAGCCUUCGUAGAAUCCCCGGCUCGCAAGCUCUCCCAGUCCUUUGCCUUGCCUGUGACAGGAGGAAUGGCCAUUACCCCCAAACAGAGCCUGCUGACAGCGAUCCACACUGUCCUCACGGAGCAUGACCCCUUCAAGCGCAGUGCAGACUCUGAACUGAAAGCUUUGGUGUGUAUGGCACUAAACGAGCAGCGCCUGGUCUCCUGGGUAAAUCUGAUCUGCAAAUCGGGAGCUCUGGUACAAUCCCACUACCAGCCAUGGAGCUACAUGGCAAACACAGGCUUUGAGAGCGCACUCAACGUUCUCAGUCGCCUGAGCAACUUGAAAUUCAACCUCCCCGUUGACCUGGCUGUCCGGCAGCUGAAAAACAUCAAAGAUGCUUUUUGAUGUAUUUUUAUUGUAGAUCAUCCAUUUUCCACAAGUAGGCAGCUGUUGGGCUCAAGAAGCCUGGCUUUUUUAAGACCAAGUUUGGCUCUUUGAAAUUGAUAUUUGCUUUUAGGGA